AUGUCGACCAUGCAGGAGGCGAUGGAGCAGCACGGCUCCUCCUCCAGCCAGUCCUCGCUGGAGCUUGACAUCUUGCACCUGUCGCAGCGCUGGGAGGCGCAGCGCACGAUCAGGAACGGCGACACGCCAGGGCAGGCGCUGCGCAAAGGGUCCCGCCCCGCGCUGGCAGCCAUCCCCGUCAAUGUCGCGGCCGCAGCAAACCCCUUCAGCCUCACAGCCCAGCGCCAAAAGGCAACCGCCGCCCGGCUGCCCAGCCACCAGAAGCAGCAGCCGUCGGUGCGGUUUGCAGUAGAUGAGCCAGCGGCUGCCAGCCGCCAGCCAAGCGGAGAUGUAGAGAUCGCGUGCUGCUUGGGGAGGUCGGCUUCGGCGGCGGCCACCCCCGCGGCCGCUGUCCCCACCACUUCCAACAGAGCCGCCGGCGUGGCGGGGACGGGCGGCGGCGCCAGCUGCGGCAGCCCCUCCCCAUACGUGGUGUUCCGUGGCAGGCUCAGCUUUGCGGCCGAGGCCGAUUCAGCCCGCAAGUUUGACCGCCCCGCCACCGGCAACAAGCGGUCGGGGGUGCCCACGCUGAAGCGCAAGCUGCUCAUCAGCCCAGGCGCGGACAUGAGCGCAGCCUUCCCCACCCUCAUCAAGCCGGCCGCCAAGCAGCGGCGCCGAUCGCUCAGCGGCGCCUGCCCCGCAUGGCCCAGCCGCGCAACAGACGCAGCAGAUGCAGCAGACGAGGCGACGGCGGCAGCAGCAGGGGUGGCGGCCGAGGAAGGUGGGGCUGCAGGAGCAGGCACCCAGGCCGCCGGAGGAAGCAGCCUUCUCAACUACUGGUCUGACCCGCUUCCGCUGCCGGGCAUGGCAGCCCAGCUUGCGGCAGUGGUGGCAGCAGCGGACGAGGAUAUGCAGGACACAGCUGCCAGCCCCGCCAGCAGCAGCGGGGCAGGCGGCGUCAGCUGCAGCAGCCCGGUGUGCGGCACGGAUGCCGGCUGCGCCUGCGGAAGCCCCAUGCUGCAGCCCGCAUUGUCGCCCCUCCCGGGCCAGCCCUGCCACGCGCUGCCCACUGUUGACCAACCCGACUGCGGCUUCCCCGCCAUCACAGCAAAGACCAUGCGCGACCUCCUGACGCACGGCGCGGCCGCCUUUGGGCUGGACGACUUUGCUGUGGUGGACUGCCGCUACGAUUACGAGUUCCAGGGGGGGCACCUGCCGGGCGCGCUGCACCUCACCACGCCCGAGGAGGUGUCUGCCUUCCUGGCGCAGCCCCGCGCCUGCUCCUCUGCUGGCGCCGACGACUGCUGGCAGCGCACCGCGGUCAUCUUCCAUUGCGAGUUCUCUACGGAGAGGGGGCCCCGCGCCGCCAAGUGGGUCCGCAACCAGGAUCGCGAAGCGCACCUGCACGACUACCCUGCCCUCUCCCACCCGCACGUCUUUGUGCUGCAGGGCGGCUACAAGUCCUUCUGGCGGUCCUUCCCCGAGCUGUGCCGAGGCGGGUACACACCCAUGGACCACCCUGACUACACAGAGGAGCUCAAGGUGUGCCACAACGUGGUGAAGAAGGCGUGGGCAAAGACCACGCGCACCUACAGUCGCAAGCAGCGCCAGCGGCGGCCCAGCUACCGCCUGCGCCAGAGCACGGGAGCGGCCGCCUCGUCCGAGGACGAUGCGCAGCUGGAGAGACAGGCCGAGAAGGCCCUGCAGUGGAAGGACAAGGCGCACAAGCUGGGAGACAUCAUCGUCAAGCAGGAGGUGCAGACCAAGGAGCUGCAGCGGCAGCUGGCGGCGCUGCAGGCAGCGCAGGCUGCGGCCCUGGCCGCCGCCACCGCCGACGGCGGCGAUGCCUCAAACGCCCUGAGCGCCGCCGAGCUGGCCGCGAUGCGGCAGCAGCUGGUGCUGGCGCAGGCGCAGCUGCGGCAGCAGUCGCAGGAGCUGGAGGCCGCCAAGGCCGACUACAAGCAGCGCCAGUCGCUGCUGAAGGAGGCCGCAGGCACGGCGCGCAGGGAGGUGCUGGCGCUCCAGGCCGCCAACACCGAGCUGCAGGCGAUGGCAGACCGGCUGCAGGCGCAGAACGAGGCACUGGGCGCGCAGCUGCGCGCAGCCCACAGCGCCGCCCUGGAGGGCGCCGGCGGCAGCUCCAGCGCGGGGCCCAGCCCCGCCAAGCGCCACACAGACGCCGCGCUGCUGCAGGCAAUGCUGCGGAAGCAGGACGGCGAGCUGUCGCUGCUGCGCGAGGACAGUGCCAGCCAGCAGGAGGAGCUGAUGCGCACGCUGACGCUGCUGCAGGCACGUCUGCUGCUGCCACGCAUCGCCACGCCACCUGCCUUGCCUUGCCAUGAUGGUUGCUUGUCGCCUGUGUGCAGCCUGGAGGGGCAGCUGGCCAUCACCCAAGACGAGCUGACACAGAAGGAUGCGCACCUGGAGGUGCUCAGGGAGAAGCUGGAAGAGCAGCAGCAGGCGCUGCGCCAGUUGCGCAAGCAGCUCGCGGCCGCGGAGCAGGCCGCCGCCACCGCCACCGCGGCCGCCGCCGCCGCCGCGGGCGGGCCUGGGUCUGAGGAGGUGGCUCAGCUGCAGGCCGAGGCGGCGGCCCUGCAGCAGCGCUGGCAGCAGGCGGAGGCAGAGGUGGAGGUGGCUCGCGGCGAGCUGGCAGCAGCCCAGUUUGAGCGCAGCGGCGCCGCAGCGGAGGCGCAGGCCCUCCGGCAGCAGCUGCAGCAGCGGGACGCAGAGGUGGCGCAGCUGCGCCUGCAGCUGCCGGACCUGCGGGGCGAGCUGCUCGAGGUGCAGCGCCGGGCAGACGCCUCCAGCAGCGAGGUGUUUGCCGUGCGUGAUGAGUUGAGGGCGGCGCAGGCGCAGCUUGAGCGGCAGCAGGAAGAGGCGGCGCAGCAGGCGGCCCAAGCGCAGUGGGAGGCCGCUGUGCAGCUGGAGCAGCAGCAGGCCGAGGCGGCCGCCGAGACAGAGCGGCUGCAGCGGGCCGCGGUGCAGGAGGCAGCGGAGCUGGCUGCCGCUGUGCGGCAGGAGGCGGAGGAGGUGCAGGCGGCGCUGCGGCAGCAGCUGGAGGAGGCGGCAGCUGCCAGGGCAGAGCUGGAAGGCAAGCUGCGGGCUGCGGCAGAGGACCGAGCCGAGUUUGCUGAGCAGCUGGCGGCGGCUGCCGCGGCCAUGCAGGCUGCAGAGGAGCAGAUGGCGGCGCACCAGCAGACUGCACAGGAGAAUGAGGCCGCCGUGCGGGAGCAGGCAGCCGAGCUGGGGCGGCAGGCAGCCGAGGAGCUGGCUGCGGUGCGCAGCGCCGCCACGGAGCAGCAGGCCGCCCUGCAGCAGCUGCAGGAGGCCGAGGGCCAGCUGGAGGCGCUCCGGCGGCAGCUGGGGCAGGCGGAGGAGCGGCAGGCGGCGCUGCAGCGGCAGCUGGAGGAGAGCCGGGCGGGGCUGCAGCAGCAGCUGGCGGCGGUGGCUGCCGAGCGUGACUCCUCGCAGCGCCAGCUGCACCGCCUGCAGAGCGACGUGACGGAUGCCGAGCUGCUGCUGGCUUCCUUCCUGGGCGGCGCCGGCAGCAGCGCCAGCAGCGUGUUUGGCACCCCGGCGGCCAGCCCCAAGCGCCCAGCCUCCGCCGAGGGAAGCAGCGAGGAUGUGGCGCCCGAUGUGGCCUGCGCCGUGCAGUGGCUGCAGCAGACGCAGCAGGCGCAGCAGGCGGAGGGCGACGGCGGUUCGGCGCCGCCCUCGGCCCGCGCCGCCAGCAGCAGCAGGCUGUGCCGCCGAAUCCAGGGGGUCCUGCUGGAGCUGCAGCGCCUGCAGCAGCAGCAGCAGCAGCAGCAGCGUGCCCAGGAGGGCGGCUCCCCUGCAGGCCAGGACUCUGGAGGCAAUAGCCCCGCGGCCGCGCCGGCGGAGCCUGCCGAGGAGGCCAGGGUGGCGCCCGGCGCCGGCGCCAAGCUGCCGCUGCUGUCGCCGGUGCAAAGCCACAGCAGCGCCGGGGCGCUGAUCGCUGCCGACUAUGGAGCCGGCACGCCGGCCGCGCGGGGCGGCCAGGAGGAGGGCGAAUCCGAGGCGGCCGGCGCCAUGUCCUCCCACCCCUUGACCCCUGGCAUCAGCCCUCCCACCGCUGCAUCCAGCAAGGCCAAGAGCCGCCUGCAGCCCCAGCAGCGGCGGCGAGGGCGCAACAGAGAUGGCGAGGCCAGGCGGAAUGGGCAGGGUGGCAGCGGCGGCGGCCGCAAGGUGCUGGAGGCCGUUGUGCGCACCGCCGGGCUGGCUGGGCUGGUGGGGGCGGUGGCUCUGCAGGUGCUGCAGCACGCUCGGCCGCGCUAG